GCCAUUCCAGUUGUUAGGUGGGAUGUGUUUCAGGCACACCGGAUGUGUUACUCAAGAAUUGUACCAUAAUUACAUGAACAUUAAAAGGUGUUCAAAAGUUUUGAAUUAACUUUUUUGCGUAGAUCUCGCAAACUGUACUCAGGCACGUGUUUUCCAGGUGUACGGGUGUUGUGUUUUCUCCCUGAAGUGUGUCUUCUUGACUUGAGAGUCAAAGUUUUUGCAGUUGAAUUGUUGAGUUGAAUUGAAUUGAAUCUUGGUCACCAACUGGGAGAGGCUUGGGAAGGCCUUGUGGUUUCGGUGUGGAGUUGUAGCCAUGGCCGGGAAUUUUGACGCCGAAGACCGUAACAGCUGGUACUGGGGGAGGCUUAUUCGCCAAGAGGCAGUAUCACUUCUGCAGGGACAACGACAUGGAGUGUUUAUUGUCAGAGACUCAGUUACGAGCCCCGGUGACUAUGUGCUCUCCGUUUCUGAGAAUUCCAAAGUAUCUCAUUACAUAAUCAACAGCAUCAGCAACAAUCGACAAUCUGGAACAAAUCAAGCCCCUCCUCGUUACCGUAUCGGAGACCAGGAGUUUGAUGGUCUCUCGGCCCUUUUAGAGUUCUACAAGAUUCACUAUCUGGACACCACUACCUUGAUUGAGCCUGCCAACAAGGCCAAGCAUGCUGGAUUAGUGAGCAGCGGUGCAUCCGGGGGACCACAAAAGUCAGAUGAGGUGGAAUACGUGCGCGCCGUCUUUGACUUCCCCGGCAAUGACGACGAGGACCUGCCAUUCCGGAAGGGGGAUGUGCUCCGGGUAAUCGAGAAGCCAGAGGACCAGUGGUGGAACGCAGCCAAUCUUGACGGUCGUCAGGGCAUGAUCCCAGUCCCCUAUGUGGAGCGUUACCGCCCUGCUUCACCAACUGGUGCAGGCCAAACGCUGCUCACUGUGCUGGGAACACCUGUCACGGGGGCGUCCGAUGGCGCAGGGGGAGUGCCACCCACGCAGUUAGACUACGCUCAGCCUGUGGUGAACACGCCUUUGCCCAACCUCCAGAAUGGACCAGUAUAUGCCAGGGCAAUACAGAAGAGAGUCCCAAAUGCUUACGAUAAAACUGCUCUUGCUCUAGAGGUAGGGGACACGGUGAAAGUCACCAAGAUCAAUGUGAAUGGCCAGUGGGAAGGCGAAUGCAAGGGCAAGAGAGGCCAUUUCCCCUUCACCCAUGUCCGCCUUCUAGACCAGCAACACCCGGAGGAUGAGAGCUGAGAGAUGGCACAUGCUCUUCCAUAUACUUACUUCCUGCAGGACCCUGCUGUACUGUAUGAAUGUCAGGCCCAGGCCCUCCCCAUCACAGCCCCUGCCCUCCCUGGGCAAGUUGUGAGUACAGAUGGCAUGGAGACACCCUCUGGCUCCUCUCACCACUUCAGUAUUCAGCAGCCAACUUUCUAAACCCCCCCCAACACACCCACACACACACACACACACACCCUACACAGAAUCACAUUUCCAGUCAUCAUGUGCACAUACUCAAUAUGUAAUUGUGAACAUCGACCCCUUUUGCCAACAUUUCCACUUUCGAUGAAGAUAUCAUACAGCGCACAUAGAUAGACUUUUAAAAAGGAAAAAAAAAAUAGCAGGAGAAUGAACAGAGACGGGAGAGGGGAGAGCCUGGCGUAUCCUCUGGCUUUCUGGUGGAGAGAGACUAGCAAUACCUUUCACAGCAUAAUAGGAUUCUAUGGUCUAAGGUCCAAACACUACAGACUGCCUGUUUAAUGUUUUAUUAUUGUUUUUUGUAUUGAAAAGAUGGGAAAUAAUAUGAUAACAUUAUGAUUAUAUAUAUAUAUAUAUUAGUACAUAGCAUUAUUUUCUAAACAGUACGUUCACAUUUUCAAUAGUUUUGUGUUAUCAUGGUUAUGCCCCAAUUUAUUUAGACCAAAUGCCAAUUUUAUGAUUAUUUUUGGCGCCAUUAUGUCAGAGAACUUGUUUGAGAAUAUCGUUAUGAGAGUUUCCUUGAAGGCAAAGCUAUUCUGGAUCUCUGAGUACAGUCAGUUGAUCACAACAACUGUCUGUUGUCAGCUCUGACAGCAAGUGGCAGGCAACCAAACUGUGACUAAAGAACAUUUUUUUCUCACUUCCAGUUCUUUAUUAGUAUAUUUAUACAUUUAUAUAUAUAUAUAUAUAUAU